AUGUCUACAAACGCAAACGAACAGCCUACGUUCACAAUCCCGACGGUUGACCUGACAGCCUACCUCAAUGAACCUGAAUCUUCCGAGGCCGAGAAUAUCGUGACACAAAUUCGCACUGCUUGCACAACAAUUGGCUUCUUCCAAAUCACUGGACACGGUGUCCCGGAAUCACUUCAGAAGCGGGUGUUUGCUGCAGCGAAGGCGUUGUUUGGUCUACCUGACGACGAGAAGCAAAAGCUCAGAGGGAAACCCGGGCGUGGCUUCGAGCUCAUUGGGGCCCAGACGCUGGAGGAUGGCAAGAAGCCCGACUUGAAAGAGGGAUGGUAUGUUGGUCGCGAGAUGCCCGGCAACAAGCCGCCAUUCAGACCUUUCCAAGAAGCAAAUAUCUGGCCACAUCAACUAUUGGACUCGGAAUUCAAACAGCCUCUGCUUGAAUACCAUCGGGCCCUGUCUGAGCUGUCAUUUCUGCUCAUGCGGAUCUUGGCCAGAGGGUUGAAAAAUUUUGACACAACAGUGUUCGAAGACUUUUGUCGAGAUCCAAUUGCCGCAAUCCGGCUGCUUCAUUACCCUCCACAUCCCAAAUCCGAUGAUUCAGCCUUGGUUGGCGCCGGUGCACAUACAGACUUUGGGGCCAUCACCCUUUUACUCCAAGAUGGACAUUCCGGUCUGCAGGUCCUGAACCAAUUUACCGGGGAAUGGAUCAAUGUGCCACCUCAAGAACAUGCGUAUGUGGUCAAUGUCGGAGAUAUGCUAGAGGCCUGGACGAGUGGCGCAUACAAAAGCAACGUACACCGAGUCAUCAACACUUCUGGCACAGACAGAUAUUCAAUCCCUUUCUUCCUGGACGGCAAUGCAGACUGUAUCAUCAAGCCCCUGGAUGGCUCCGAGGGCAAGGCAUUUACGGUUGAAGAGCACAUGCUGUCCAGAUACGCUGCCAGCUACAAGUCCUAG